AACUUUUCCAAACAAAACAAGUGAAUUUUUCUUUAUUUAUUUUUACUAUAAAAACCUGCAAUAUUAAUGUAAAAUGGAUGUAAAGCGCGAGAGAAAGUCUUCUCUGGCACCACUUUCGCCAUGCCCCAUACCCGACAUUACGGAUGAUGAGCUGGUGACGAUUUCGGUGCGGGAUCUGAAUAGAACACUUAAGAUGCGAGGUCUCAACCGCGAGGAGAUUGUACGCAUGAAGCAACGGCGACGCACGCUUAAAAACCGUGGCUAUGCUGCAAGUUGUCGCAUCAAGCGCAUUGAGCAAAAAGACGAGCUAGAAACUAAGAAGUCCUGUGAGUGGAAUGAGUUGGAGCAAAUGCAUGAGGAUAAUGAGCAAAUACGCCUGGAUGUGGGUAAUUGGAAAAACAAAUACAAGGCGCUGCUGCAAUUCGCUAUACAAAAUGAGAUUCCUAUACCUAGCGAGCUGGAGGGUUGCUAAGACUAAAAUAAAUACAAUAACAUUUCAGAUUCAGUUCAAAAUCAAACCUUUACACCUGUAAUCAUAGUACAAUAGCUGAAAUUUG